AUGGAGAAAUCAGGAUUCUCAGGAGUUAUUGCUCCAAGCAAAACCCAUUUGGCCUUUGCAAUCGCUAUUGUGAAACAUAAGCCCCCGGAGAAAGAAGUCAAAGACUAUAUCCUGGAUAUUCGUCACUUUAUCCGAAAUGGUAUGCAGGUCGAGUCACCGGACAAAUUCUUUGACAGUGUCGCCUUCUGGCAAAAGGCAUACAAAGAAUCAGAGACAGAGCAAGUGAAGCUACUCAACAAAGUCUUCGAGUUGGAACAACGUACUCAGGAUCUCCGGUCUAAAAUCAAAGAGAGUCAAAAUGCGGGCAAUAGCUUUUCUCCAUCGAACAAACGGAAAGUCCCCUCAUCAGAGAGCCUGAAGAGUUUGCGCCCACCAAGAAAGAAGACUCAAUCGCGCAACUCACAAACUCAAAAGGCCCAAACCACCGACAAUGAGGAUGAUGAGAAUCCUGAUAAUGCAAAUGUAGCUCCGAAACUCAUGAGACAACUAUACACCGUCCAACGUGCUCUCCAAAAGAGGCAUAACAGCAGACCACUUACGACCAAUGCCGUGACCUUGUGUAAGAUAACGGAGACAGAGAUUUUGGAAGCUAUGAUUCGACUCAAUACCCCAGAAAAUCAAUGGAAAAUCCCUUCCAGUCAACAGGUCCCAAAGCCAAAUCUGGUUGCCGUUACCAAAGCUGCAGAACUAUCAUUCAAUUUGGUCCACAAAGCUCUGCACAAGGUGGUGGGGACACAGGAAGAAGAUUAUUGCAAGGGCCAGAUUAUCUACUACCUUGUGUGUCUAUUUGAAUCAACAAUGGGUGCCCUCACUCAGAUUUGUACGGCACCAACACGCAACCAUUCAAGCGCGAUUCUUCGAGAAACUUCAAAUGGCAACAAAACGAAAGCCAAAGGUCAAAGAAACAGCCGAAAGAAAAAAGCCCCUAUGUUUUCAAAAGGCGAUAAGCUAGAGACUGAGAAGAAUGCAGCUCAACGACUUCUGCUCGACCUGCUAUGCACAAUGGCAAUGUCCCUCGAUUUGGCACGAAGCGAAGAUCAGGAGGUGAUGGAGGGGCUUCUUUUCAUUGCGAUAGAGCGCCUGGGGAAAAUGCUUGCACUGUUUGUCUUCGAAAACCACCCAUUGCCAUCAGACAGUUGUCCAGACUUGGAGGCUCCACAGGGCAUUCGGGCCAUGAAAGAGGAGGGAGUGACGCACAAGCUGGCACAACUCGAAGCGGAACACCUUGUCCAAUUCCUCGACCGAGUUUUGAGCCCCCAGAUUCCUGGAACGGAGAUUAUGCACCUCCGUUUUAUUCAAAACACGAAGAAACGGCUACAGAAAACUCUUAUGCAAGCAGUCUUUGGGGGCGAAGACCCGCUUUUUCGAGAGGGGCUGGUUCGUCCUGUAACGCCGCCGGCUUUGAAUAGUAAUGGCCGAUCACCCGCUCGACAGGAGUUCCCUGAAUGGUUUACUGAAGAGCUAUGGCGCCUUGUUGGCUGGGAUCUGUUAAGCUCCAUCCCGGAAAGAGGAUAG